GCUGUUGCCUUGAAAUCCCCCGAGGAGGCGCCUUUACAGAAGAUGGCUUCUCCUGUGGUGUCUAUUGCUCUGUCUUCCGAGACACGCAUGGUCUUAGUUCAGCGCUUUCUCCGGCACCCAGGGCGGGGCUGCGCCUGCUGCAGGAACCUGCCCUUCAGGAGCUGCUGCCCGCCGCUGCCGCCAUGGUCUCCUGGAUCAUCUCCCGCCUCGUGGUGUUGAUCUUCGGCACCCUCUACCCCGCGUACUCCUCCUACAAGGCCGUGAAGACGAAGAACGUGAAGGAAUAUGUGAAGUGGAUGAUGUACUGGAUUGUGUUUGCCUUUUUUACCACUGCAGAAACACUUACAGACAUUGUUCUUUCUUGGGCUGAGAGAUGCCCUGUUUAUGGAGUUUUCAUGGCUAUGGAUGAAAGACUAAGUGAGACUCGGAGAAGGUUUCCCUUUUAUUUCGAGCUGAAAAUCGCAUUUGUCAUUUGGCUGCUCUCCCCUUACACCAAGGGCUCCAGUGUCCUCUACAGGAAGUUUGUGCACCCAACGCUCUCCAAUAAGGAGAAGGAAAUCGAUGAAUACAUUACUCAGGCUCGUGACAAGAGCUAUGAAACCAUGAUGCGAGUUGGCAAGAGAGGGUUAAACCUUGCUGCCAAUGCAGCAGUUACUGCAGCUGCAAAGGGCCAGGGAGUUUUGUCUGAGAAGCUGCGAAGUUUCAGCAUGCAGGAUCUCACUCUGAUCCGGGAUGAAGAUACUGUGCACUUGCAAAGCCGGGAGCCACAGCUGCUCCCCUCUGGUGGGAGUCUUCUUGAAACCAUUGAGGAUUCAGCUUCCUGUUACUCCUCAGGAGAGGAGAGCAGUAUGGCACAGAGGUCUAAUGGAACCCCACUGGAGACUAGAACAGACCCAUCAGAUGAAGAUGCAGGAGACAAACUUCCUAAACGUACCCAGAGUCUCAAAACUCCUAAGAAGAUGAUGAAAGCUGAGCUUCCAGUAAGAAGUGUCAAAGCCCGUCCCAAGAAGAAAGCUGCAGGCUCUCUUGCUUCUGUUGAGUCAUCCUAAGGCAACCUCCCCUUCCCCAGCACCUGUCUCUGUCCUGGGAUUUACCUGUCACUUUUGAGGGGAAACUCUCCAAAGGAAGGGAGCUGAGAUUCAUGUACAUAACAGAUACUGCUUUGUAGAGCUCAUUCUGAGGCAAGGGGGAGGCUGGGAUUCAGAACAUGGAGUAGAGGAUACACAUCCUCAGGAAUUUUCUCCUUUUCAUCUCUCUGUUGGAGGGAAUGCUGAUAUGUCUGUACAUAGCCUGUUGCUUUGGAAUUCUCACUGUAUAACCCUAGUUGAGGAGAGUCUUUGCUGGGAGAACUAACUAGGGCUAGAGACAUCCAUUGCACAGAAGCUGGAAAAAUAUUAGACACUGGAGUUCCACAGGGGUGGGUGGCUCCUUAAAAUGUCUUGUCUUGCUCUGGGUAUUCUUCUGCAGCUGUGUGUGGUUAAGAAGUGCCCGCAAUGAAUCAUCCUCCUUAAGAAUGGACUGAAACCAAUCAUGUCCAUCCCCUUUGAGAAGGUGACUGAAAUGAUGUAUGCUGAGUGCUUUUGAAUCUAAUGGACUGGCUCAUGGGAGGAGUAUGCUAGAUACCCAUUACUAGUACUGGAAAGUGAAGAGAUAAUUUUUUCUGGAAGGCGAAGGGAGAUAAUUGAAAAACUGAGUAAUGAAGAAAAUGUGCUCUUAUAUGCGCCUGUGGUGGAGUAGAUACUAUAACUGUAGUUACAGAGGUAACUGUAACAGUUAACUAUUGAGAAAAAUGGGCAUUCAUAAGAUUUUGGCUCUUUUUGAAGCUGCUUGAAUUUUAUUUCAGGUUUUGUUCACUUUGAUUCCUGUGAGAGCAUCAGAGUGAGGCAAGUCCCAUGCUGUGGGAGAAGUUGACAGGGAGACUGUUGCUUUGCCAUUUAAUGGUUGAACUCCUUGUCAUCCUGAUGCUUGUUACUUCAGACAGUUUUUUCAUUCUAGCAGAUGACUGGGAAAAAUCUGGCUCAAUGUGGUCUGCAGGCAUGUUGAGAAUUUCAGGAGCCCUUAUCCUCUUGGCUUUAGGAAAUCCAGUCGUCAGGGUAUGAGAACUGAUAAAUAGCUGAUGUAUGAAUUUUGCUUAUUUCAGGAUUCCUUUUAUGGGGGGUAAAAAGCAGGGAGUAGGGAACAUUACUGUGAUUAAUGAGCCCUCUUGCUUUAUCCUACUGCAGCCCUUGAACAAGUUUUCUGGGUCUGACCAUGUGCCAUGUUUAUCAAUGUCCUAAGACUUGAGCAGUGUGUAACACUUGAGACAGAACUACAUUGUGGGAGUUAAAUUGCAGUGCUCCAGAGAAAAUUUGCAUCAUGCCAAGCCAUACUAGAUUCUAAUCUUUUGAACAUUGUUAAAGGGAGAUCCCCUGUACAACUGCCAACAGAGUCAGUGGGAAUUUGAGAUGAGUAGGGUUCCUGUUGAGAUCUAUAAUGGGAGAGCACCGUUAUAGACAUGGUUGUCUUAAGACCAUCAAGUAUUCAUUCAGUCUUUAGUGAAACUAGUUAUCAAAGGGACCUGGCUCCUCUUUCCCUACUGAAGACCAUUCUUAGCUCUAGAUGCAGGCGUUUGUGUUUGCCCACAUCUUUUGCUGUCACAUUUCUGAAAUGACAGUGGAUUGUUUACAGAGCCCCGUAUUUUGCUGUUGAUGUAUAGAAGCACUUCUGCAAGUAAUAUUACACAAGUAUUUCUGUCUUAAAGAGUAGCCCUUCAAAAGUUUGUAAAGUUGAAGAUGAGGACUGAAUUUUUUUUCUUGUUUCCUAUUGUCCUGGCAGCAGAUUGUUAUGAAUUUACUAUUUUAAGAAACCAGUUAAGUUAGUUUUACUUUUAUUUGUAGCUUUUAAUUUAAGUCUUGACAGACCAUGCCAGAAACUUGCAUCUUCCCAGAAAUACUUGUCCUAAAUUACCCAGAAGGCAGUUGAAAACCCUUGAUGUGGCUUUGAGUUUUGAGUUUCACAUUAAAAAAAAAAAAGGGCAAGUAUUUUGUUCUUUUUAGUUUGUUAGCAAACACUGCAUACAUGUCUCACUAGUACAUGCAAAGCAUGUCCUGAAGCAGGAAUUCUUUCUGUUUCCAGAGGAAAGUUCUUUCUCCAUCUAAGGGAUAAAAAUCUUUACUGAUGAUGUGGAAGGUUCAGUUGUAAGGAAUUGCUGUCUUAGAUUUUAGUGUACUGAACAAAAGAGAACCAUUAUUCUCUAUAUACCAAGUACCUCUAUGAGCACAUUUCUUGAUUAUUUUUUUUCCAACUAAAAACUUCCAUAGCAAAUCAUUUGUGUAAAUCAUUGUGAGGAACUUGAUUUGGAAACCAGGGAUUUAUUAGUCUCCCCUUAUGCUGAUCCUCGUGCCCUUUCCUUGUGAACAUGUUGCGAUAGUCUCAGAUUGCUCUGCUUUCACAGAGUGGCUUUCCAGAAUGUUUCCUGGAAUCUGUUCAUUUGUAGUAACUCUUCCUACUUUGAAGCACAAAAAGAAUUUCUGAAGACUCAGUUUUGGCAUUUGUGUUUACCUUUGUCUUCCUGAGCUAGGUGCUGUGCUAAGUAUCUUCUACUUAGCAUUGAUGCUUGAUGUCAUUAGCCUGUGGGUAUGCGUCAGUCUUACUCGUGAGUUUUGUUGUACAGGGGAAUUAAAUAACUUCUGGUUGUAAGAGACAGUGUGAAGAAGAGUUAAGGACUGUUAGUCCUUAGUGUGUGAUACAAAGCUGACGAUGUUAAGCAGCAGAACUUACCCAGAGCAAGAAAAAUGUCUUAGCAUGGACACUAUUUUCUUCUUCCAGUAGAAAUGUGACUGCUAGAUUGUGCUCUGCUUGAUCAAAACCUCUGCAGAUCUGCCACCACCCAUGUGACCUCUUAGUGAGUUGCUAUAGUUCUGCAUUGGAUGGCACAUUUUUGCGUAGAAAUUCCCUUGUUAAUGAGAACACUGAAUGUGCUGUUUUGAUAAAAUGCUUUUGUCAGCUGAUACUCAUUGUUUUCAGCAGGAAAUGUUGGAAUGUUUCAGCAGGAAAUGUUUCUCUUCAGUAUCAUCUGUGAGCUUCAUUGUGCAAUUAAUCAAAUGGUUACAUCUUCACCUAGCAGUAGAACCCAUUGUGUUCAGUAAGUCUUCAUACCGCUUUCCUAGUGUGCCUGGGCAGAGAUUAAAAAACAGAGGGAAAAUGAUACCUGAAGUUGCAAGAGGGAUGUGGGGCAUGGGAGGGUGGGGGGUGUACGUGUCAAACUUUGUGUGCCUAAAAAUUGCCCUGAAAUACCUGUAGCAUGAGAUACAAAGUAAAGCCAGGACUGCCUUUUGGAAAGAAAUGUUGUACCUCCACGCUUUAUAAUACUAUGAAUCACUGUUCUCCUGUUGGAAGAGAAAAUAGUGAAAUGUGGUUUCCCAUCUGAGAAACUUAGUGAUUUGCUGCAUAAAAGGGAACAGUGUUUACUUGCUUGGCAGUAUCCUCCACAGUGGGUAAGAAAUAGGAAGAGACUACUGUCAGGAUUUAAAUCUUAUACUUCCACUAAACAUCUUAAUUUCUUACUGUUCUUUAUUGAGUUUCUAAUUCUCCAGCCUUAUGUUUCUGGGUCCAGGGGACUGAUUUGUUUUAAACUAGUUUCCUUGGUAGGUAGAGAAUGUAUUAGAGGGAUGCUGGUGUUCUUAAAAUUGCAAAGCUUGUGCUGGGGAAGCUACACCUUCCCCCAUUUUAGUGAAUUGAGUUCCAUUCAUUGUUCGUUUGCAGUCUGGGCUUUUUUCUUUUAUACAUCCUUCUUGGAAGUGUGACUCCCUCACAAAAUAUGGCCAAGUCAUUUUUGCCUUGAAAAGCAAGAUUUCUAGAGAAAAUCAAUUUCCCAGAAACUGUUAUUUAUUCUUCGCCAUCUUAAUAAGCAGGAAAUAUAGUGCCUUAGGAGGAAAGUGGGAUAACUAUGGAAUACUCCGCUGGUAUUAUACACAAUCUGCACAUAGCAUUGUAUCAAGGAGGCUUGCAUUUUAACUGUGAAGUGUCACUGUAUGCUUGAGAGCAGCUAUUGAAUUGAGCUGAGUUCUCCUGUCUGUCUUCCAAAAUUGCAUAUAAUGCUGGAAAGUAUGGCUUAUGGCCUAAGAGCUAAUAAGCUCUCAUCUGGGGAGGGGGGAAUAUUCUUGCCCUUCUUUCUGAUAGGGACACUGUAUUGUCGCAUUACUCUGAUACUUGCUGGGGAACUGCUGAAUCACAUCUCUCUGUAACUGGUCAGUAGUAUAGUUUUUCUUGCCUUCCCCACUAAAAAUUUGCAAUGUGCCACCCAGCUGAAGUAUCUUGUGGUGCUGCUUUCUGAGUUGCCUCUAAAGUUGGAUACAUGAAAAAUCAGUGAAGUAUUCUGAAGCUAUAUGAGCUCGUAGAAUCAUAGUCAGUGGAGUUGGAAGGGACCUCUGGAGGUUAUCUGGUUCAACCUCCUUGCUUCUAGGACCAGUUUCCCAGGAGUUCCUGUGUGCUAUUUGUGGUCUGGAGUCUACUGAAUUUAAUGUUUGAGAGGUGGUCUGUGCAGAAAGGCAUAUGCUGUAUGGGAAUGUGCAUUAGUGUUAUUGAGGAGAAAGGAUUCCUGGUCACUUUUAAUCUGAAAUUUGGCACUAUUGCUAGACAUAAUCAACAUAACUCAGUCUUAUGUUGUUUACAGGCAUUGUUAAGAGGCCUAAAGGCUUCAACAGAGAUCUUAAGUGUUCAGAGUAACUUGUGAGAAUGAUUAAAGAGUAAAUGAAGACAAUAAACCUUCAUAGCAGCUAAGAACCUGUCUUGUGUAUAGUACAUAGUUGUCCAGGAAAAACUGUUGCCCUUCUGAUCCUCAAGCAAUACUUAAACUCUGCGCUCUAUAGGUCAGAGCCUGAUUCCUCUCUUACAGCAUCUCUCUCUCUCUGUCUUAUCCGUUCUAAGCUGAGCUUGAGCUACAUGCAUUGAGGUUCUUGAACCUUUCAUCACUUCAGAACAAUAAAGUUUGAAUUUUACCUCAGCAGGCAGCUGAUGUACAGGGAGGACCAGAUGAGUAUCAAGUGUCUCGCAUCACUUUGCAGUGGAUGUGUUAUGUUGAGGGAGCUCCAGAGGAUAUCUUUCAUCUGGGCAAUUACCCCUCCCCUCAAGCCUACAGUUUUGGAUGAACUAAAUGGUGGACUUUACUACACUCAUAUACGCAGCUGUCUGUAGAAUCCCAAAAUUCAGUCAGAACUGCCAGCACUGUAUUUCUGAUGAGAAUUGGAAUCGAAAUAAUAUGAAGUUAAAAGAAACAGUGGCAAAUUGGUGGGGAUUUUUCUGCAGUUUUGCAGGUAAAUUUAGGUCUCUGAUUCUUUGCCUAAAACCUUUCUGUAAACCCUUGCAAGCAAACAGUUAUUUCCGUGCUCUGUUUCUCAGCUCCUGUCCUUUCAUGACCCGGUUAAGUUUCCCAUGUUUUCUCUCAUGAAGCAAAGGACUACUUCCAUUUUGCUGACUGUGGAGACAUGAAAAAUACUGGCUUGUAGAGCUGAAAUUUAGCCUUUUUCCAUUAUUUAAUCCUGUGACCUAGAAUCAUGCAGUCGCUUGUACAACAAGGCCUAAGGCUGGAUUCCCAGAUGGAAUCUGAGCAUCUGUUGUCAACAGCAUAGUUUGAUGUCAUUCCCUUUUCUUGCAGUGGGUUCUGGCUGAAAUAUGCCUACUGCAGACCCUUUGGACACAAGCAUUCUGUCUGCAUUUAGCCAAAUGUUAGAAGUAACAUUUGUGGAAAGGCUGCAAAAAUGAGUGAACGCUAGAGGAGCAAAGAUUCAAGUCUUCUGUAAUACAUAGCUGUCUGAGACUAGAAGAUUUGUGGCAGCAGUAGAAAUACAUUGCUAUACUGACUUAUCAAAGAUGGGGAAUUCAGUCAUGUUCUUUGCAGCAGCUCAGGGAGGAGACUGAGGCUGCACGGCAAGCAUGUAAAAUUUUUACAUACAAGGGAACUAAGUUUUUAUCGUAAGUACUGUUCAGUAACUUACCAAAAAGAAAGCAAGUUGAAAAUUUUUGGUGACUUUAUAAAAUUAGGAGGUAAAUGAUCCUGAUUGUCAAACCUGGUAUUGAAUACAAACUUUUUGUAUUCAUGCUGCUGCGUUUUUGGGAAAGCACUGAGGUGAUGGACUCCUCACUUUGACUCCUCUGUUAAAUUAUUUCUCAAAUGUUCUGAAUGUCAUAUAGAGAUAAAUGAAAUUUUUACUUUGACAUGUGUCCAUUAAUUCAUGUCUAAAUUCAGGCAUGCUGAGCUAUGUAUGAGACUGUGGAUUGAAUGAAAGCCCAGUUAGAAAAUGGAGAAGCUGAGACAGAUCUAGCCCGGUAAAGAUUACUUGAAGGACCUUCCUUGAAGUACAGAAAUUAGAGGCUGUGUAACGAUGCUUGAUUUUGGUUCAGCAUUUUCAUGACAAAAUUCCUGUUAGCACAGUGCUGAUCUAAAGGCCGUAAGGCAAGGGAAGGGUUGUGAAUUGCAUUUUGUCCACCAGAGGGUAUAACAUACAGUCAUGAAAAAGAGAGAGCAGAGACUUGUCUGGUAACAGUUGACAGGUUGAAUGUCGGUAUUUCCUAUGUAUGAGAGUGAAAGUCCUGCCUGGGGGAGGGGGAGAGGGGGAACAUGACACCGACAAACUGGGGCUUUAAUGGAGAAAUAUGAAGUAAUACUGCAGUUAACCCCUGACUAAGGCUGUUUAAUCUUGCUGGGCUUUCUAAUUGAGCCACUUUCCAGUGAGGAUUGCUGAGAUUAUGGUGUUAUAGAAUAGCUGUCCUCAAAUCUUUUUGUUGUCCAUUCAAACUAUUUUCUAGCUGCUGGAAAUACGGCAGUGUUUGUGACUUAUUCUCCCCCCUUUUUUUGCAAUUAACCACUUUGAGUUUGUUUAUUCAAUAGUGUUGCCAUAAUUUAUACUCUGAUUUUUUUUUAGUAUUUCCUGGUAAGAAUGAGUAGUUUCUUUCAAUUGGAUCUGUAUUCUGUAAAAAUAGAAGCAAUUUUAAUCUAAAAAAUACAUAUGUGUCUAAUGGUUACUAUGAUAAUUUGUGACCAUAGCAACAGAGAGUUGGCAUUCUAAAGGACAGGUUGAUUCUUUGGUUGUCUGGGGUUUUUUUCACAAUCUAAUUACCGGUGCAAGCAUUUCAAGGGAAAACCCUGACUUUUUUAUUUCGUAACCGUACAAGUUCAUAUAGGUACAAGCGAUUUUGACAUUAUCUCACAUAAGAUUUUUAUAGAAAAGCUGAUGGAGUAUGGGCUGAAUGAGCAGAGAGUGAGGUGCAUAAAACUGGCUGAAUGGCCAGACCUGUAGGGUGGUGCUCAGUCCCAGGAAUCCUAAUUGAAGGCCAGCAGCUAGCAGCAUACCCCAGGGCUCAGUACUGAGUCCAGUCCUGUUUAACAUCUUCACAGUGGUGUGGAUGAGGGGGCAGAGUGUACUCGGUAAGUCUGCUGAUAACACAGAACUGGGAGGAGUGGCUGAUACACCAAAAGGUUGUGCAGGAAGCAGCAAGAGGUAUGUAGAGUGUCUGACCUUGCAUCUCAAAAUAUAUGGAAAUCCUAACAGGAACAUAAUUCUUUCUGAUUGUGAGAAAGAGGAGGUCUUUUAUUUGCAACAUCCUAAAUGGAGAUUUACAAACUGAAGAAAGGUUCAGGACAUACCAGAAGGUUACUGUAGGAAAGAGAAAUAGAAUUUAGACUAGAGCUGGGGAUUCUUUAUUCUCAGACUUUGUAAAACAAAACAAACCAACCCACCAGCAACAAUAAUUGAUAUGUUUCUGUUCUAUUUUUUCCAUCAUAUGAUCAGUUAAAUAACAACAUAGUGCUUUCAGGCAGGUGCUAAAUUUCAGCUACAAGUUGUGGAUUACCAUGACAUAUUUGAGAUCCCAAGAGCAUGUAUUCCAUUAUAGGAAUGCAUACUUAGUGAUGAUUUAAAGAGUUGUAAGAAAUUAAUAUGUUAUUGAGGGAGGCAGGAAUGAGCUCUCAUGACUAAAUCUCUUAAUUAGUGAAUGGCUGUCUCUGCCAGCAUAGAGCUCUAAUGUAAAGGCUAUCCACUAGCAACACUCAAUGUCAGCUUUAUAAGGAAAUGUGCUGGAUGUAAGUAUAGCCAAAGCCAAAUCACAGAAUUUUCCAAGCUUUCUCUUUUCCUAGGCCCUAAUGGGGAAUUUAACAACUGAAUGGAAAUUACAGCAUUGCUGCUAUCACUUGCUAAUUUGGGGCAAUGAAUAUCUUGAAUUAAAUAGAAUCUAAAAUGCAUUUAAAAGCCAAUUUUUGUAAAAGCCAGCUGUUGUGACAAUUCUGUAUUUGCUACAGGAAUACAGUAACUGAUCAGUGGAGCCACUGUGGUGCUCAAAGUCUAUUACCUCAGAAAAGGAAAAACAGAGGAUGCCAGCCCAAACUUAACUGGUUCAGCUAGUCCAGUCUCCUGUCUUUGAUACUGCUCAGUCUGUUUGAUGACCAGUGGGCAGUCUGGAAUUACGCGCACUGGAAAAGCCUCUUCCUGACUCUGUCACCUUUUUACCUGUGCUGUGAAGCAUGGUGAUGUUAAAUGACUGGAUUACUAUUUUUGAGGGAAAAAGGAGUUGUUCAAAUUCUUUCACUAGUUUUUUGUAGAGUCGUUAAAAGUUUGGUCACUUGCUACAGUAUGACAACUUAAAUGUAGAAACCCUAAGUCAUCCUAAUCUUGUAUUGAGCUUUGUUACCCAGACUCUUUCUAGGUAUCUUUUUACAUUAUCUUUUAUGAAGACCAUUAAAGAAAAUCUUGUACUAUUUCUUUGAUAUCUUGCUCUUUUGCUCUCAUUUAGUUUCUCCUAUUUCAAAGGACCUGUUGUUUUUCUUCCAUUUCUUCCCAGAGAAAAGGUGUUACCGAUGCGGAUGUGCUUUCGUUCCACAGGGUGGCAGCUAAUCCUUAUUUCCCUUCUCGGUUAUUUUGACAUUUCUGCUAGAAGCAUCUUUCCUGGCCAAGUUACGCUCUGAGGCAUAAGGGUCAUGAACCUGUAAAUACAGCCCUUCUGUUCGAGUUAAAGAGUGUUUGGGAAAGCUUAUUAUAUUGUGUCUGUUCAAGCUGCAUCAACUUGCUGAAGAUUGUAGCAGCUGACAAGACAAAGCAUCAUGCAAGGUCUAAAUUUUGAAUAUUACAUAUUGCUGCCGUUUUAUGUGGGUAUCUCUUGUAAGCGGUGCUCUAGGCAUAACUGAACACAAGCAGAGGUGGCACCUUCUAGACAAACGUUACUUUGCUAGAGGCUUAGUUAUUGAUGUGGGUGGGGGAGAGAGGUUCUGGAAGUUACUAACUUUUUACUCCCGGUUUAUUUUGACAGAUAAAUGUCUCAGAUAAUUUGAAUUGAAAUCUCCAUGUGUCAUUAGAACGAGCCUAUAACUUUAUGAGCUGCACUAUGGGCUUUUGUUCUUUGCUAUUGAGUUUACAUAAUUUCCUCCCACCCCCUGCCCUAGUUUCUUACUAUUGAUGCCUGUGAAUAUUUUUCAUUAAAAGGCUGCUGUUUUGUUAUCUUCUAAAAUUGUUAUAAUUUAGCUCCAUGUCUGUCUUAUGUGUUUAGUCUUCCGCCUUUCUACCCCUCCAUUGUUGAAUAAAGAUAUGAAAAUUAA